AUGGACUGGGAGGGGCAAGAGCAGGAAGCGAGUGGACCGAAACAAACAAGGUGGUCUCAAUUAAAUCCCUAUUUUGAUUUGUCUAGUCCAAAUGGAACGCAUCAGACUCUCAAGGAAACAAUUUCUUUAGAAGAUAAUCAAUCCAGUUUUCAAUUACAACAAUUGUCAAAAAUAAUAUGCAGGGCAACCAGCACAUCAACCACAUUUUUAACUUUUCUGUUUAAUAAUAAAUGCAAACUGAAAAAAACAAUGUUUUUUCUCUUCUAUGUUUAUAAACUAAAGACACCGAUGCAUUGCAUUGCAGAUGGGAAUAUGCAAUUCAAAAUACAAUUAUUCUCUUGCAUUACCACUAUAUUUACAAUGAUCCAAGUUGUAUGA